AUGCCUCAAGAAAGAAAUGUGAAUGAAGGACUAGGUAGAGGAAGAGGAAUGCCUCAACAUAUUCAAACUAGUUCUGAAGCAACCUACAGUGGAAGAGGGAAGAGACAAGUAGAACAUGAGGACACCAGUGGAGGACAAACAAGACCUUUUAAAAGGCCAAGAAUAGUAGGUGUUGGCAUAUACCAAGCUGGAGAUGGAUUUACAACUCUCAAUGUAAGUUUACAACUCAAUGCAAGCCUAAAUGUCUUUUGAUUUGAAUAUGUAUUUAUUUGACUAAGCAUUGGAUUGUCAAGUAGAAGAGUCAUCAAUACUGAUACAGGAGUGACAAAGAGGGUUGAUGUUGUUACUGGUGAUAUUGGCUACACACCAGUACGUGGAUUCAAAUGGAAGGAGAAGACAACUAUUACCAAUAGUAACCUAGAAAGAAUGGGGGCUGAAAAGGUUAUCCAAACUAGGUCUGCAGCUACUGCUACUACUAAUAGCCAAAGCCAAACAAGUUCAAGUAGGAAGACUCAUAUGCCAUGGAAGUACGACAUUUUGAUGUUGUCUUGUUCAUUUUGA